CAGGGAGAAGGAAGGAGGAGAGACUGUGCAGGGCCUUGUGGGUCCUGACUAGGGCUGGGUGUUUACUCAAAGCGACAUGGGGCGCCCGGGGAGAGUCUGGAGCAGGGAAGGGGUGUGAUCUGAGUUUUAAGAGCUGUUGGCUGCGGGUAUGGAACGGGGUGUAGGGUGGAAGCACAGAUCCUCCAGGAGGUUCCUGACAUCUGGCCCAGUCUUGGGAGCCCCAUUCCCUUGGGCCCCAGAGAAAGCAGCGCCCGGAGGAGGCAGGAGUGGGAGGUGCUGGGCCCCUACCCACGGACCUACCGCAGCAGGAAGCGGCUCCCUCCACUUCUGAGCGAGCCAUUGGAGGGUCUCCAGGUCCUCCCACCGCGACGGAGCGUCCCUGAGCGUCCCAGGUCCGGAAGGGGCAGCCGAGGGCUCGCCGGUGCCAGUCGCCGCCGGGACGCGCUCUGAUGCUGGAGCGGAUGGCACAGGCUGGCAGCCCAAGGGGCGGGGCAAUUGCUGGCGACAGCCUUAGCUCGGCUUUGAGGGCCAGUCUCCCCCCACCCCCACCCCCCUUUCCGCCAGCCGUCUUCAGUCCCGCCCCCACGAGCGGCACCCGAACUCUGGGCUCCAGGCUGCGCGACUGCGGGGGCGCACGGACAAGGCGCUGGCCUCGGGGCGGUGGCCCAUGGAGUCGGGGCUGCUGCGCCCUGCGCCGGUGAGCGAGGUCAUCGUCCUGCACUACAACUACACCGGCAAGCUCCGCGGCGCCCGCUACCAGCCGGGCGCGGGGCUGCGCGCCGACGCCGUCGUUUGCCUGGCCGUGUGCGCGCUCAUCGUGCUGGAGAACUUGGCUGUGCUGUUCGUGCUCGGACGCCACCCGCGCUUUCAUGCGCCCAUGUUCCUGCUUCUGGGCAGCCUCACAUUGUCUGACCUCCUGGCGGGCGCUGCGUAUGCCGCCAACAUCCUGCUGUCCGGGCCGCUCACGCUGCGCCUGUCGCCGACGCUCUGGUUCGCAAGAGAGGGCGGCGUCUUUGUGGCGCUCGCCGCCUCGGUGCUGAGCCUCCUGGCCAUCGCGCUGGAGCGCAGCCUCACCAUGGCGCGCCGGGGACCCGCGCCCGCAGCCCGAAGGGGGCGCAUGCUGGCCCUGGCUGCCGCCGCCUGGGGCCUGUCGCUGAUCCUCGGGCUCCUGCCAGUGAUGGGCUGGAAUUGCCUGGGCCGCCUGGACGCCUGCUCCACCGUCCUGCCGCUCUACGCCAAGGCCUACGUGCUCUUCUGCGUGCUCGCCUUCCUUGGCAUCCUGGCUGCCAUCUGUGCGCUGUACGCGCGCAUCUACUGCCAGGUGCGCGCCAACACGCGGCGCCUUCGAGCUGCUGGGGGCUCCUCCAGCCGGGCACGCCGCACGCCGCGCUCCCUGGCCCUGUUACGCACUCUCAGCAUAGUGCUCCUGGCCUUUGUGGCGUGUUGGGGCCCCCUCUUCAUGCUGCUCUUGCUCGACGUGGCGUGCCCGGCGCGCGCCUGCCCCGUGCUCCUGCAGGCCGACCCCUUCCUGGGCCUGGCCAUGGCCAACUCUCUUCUGAAUCCCAUCAUCUACACGCUCACCAACCGCGACCUGCGCCACGGGCUCCUGCGCCUCCUCUGCUGCGGCCGGCGCCCUCGGGGCCGGGGCUCGGGAGCCUCCCAGCGAUCCGGGAGUGCCGCUGGGGCUUCGGACGGCCUGCACCACUGGCUGUCCCCCAGCCUAGAUGGCAGCUCCAUCCGCUCUGAGCUCUCAUUGCCCCAGCGGGACGGGCUGGACAUAACCCUCUCCACCGGCGCACCCACAGCCCCAGGGACAGGGGUACCCGCGCCAGCCGCAGAAUGACGCCCUUUGACCGGCCAUUGCCCUACCUAAGAGCUGUUUCGCAGACGUUUUCUUUUUUAAAUAAUGGACUCGAUAGGAAACCCAGCCGAAGAUGGUGGAGAAAGAAGACGCAGGGAAAGGUAUUUCAUUGGCUGGUGUGAAACCCCACAACAGUGAACAAAACUGACAAAAACCACACUCUUUGUGGAAUUGACGUCCUGGUGGGAGCACAGGAGAUAAUGGCGGCGUGAAGAAAUCAUGGAGACAGUUCCCGUGACAAUGGGCGAUGUGAUGGUGUCGGGGGAGGCCUCGCUGCAGAGGUGGUGACAUGUGCUGUGAGCUGAGACAUGACUGAACACCUGAAGCAAGAGCGUUUCCUGUGAGGGGACAGCAGGUGCCAAGGCCCGGAGUGGGAGCGUGCACACAAAGGCAGGGAGGUGACUGGCCACAUCACUCAGGGCCCUGGGCUCAGGGGAGGACUGUACUUUUGCUCUGCUUGAGGUGGGAGCCGUGGAGAGUUCUCGGUGAGGGAAGGGCUUGACUUGGUUCAGUGUUCACAGACCUCUGUGUGAGGCAAAGGUGGUAGCUGGAAGAGCAAGGUGGUGGCUGCACUGGCCACAGAGCGUGAUGAUGGGGACUCUGACCACGUGGGUUCUGGAUAGAUUUUGGAAACAGCAGACGGAAUUACUGAGGAGUUGAGUGUGGGAGCGAGAAAGGAGUCCGGGACAGCUCUCCCUCCAGCUUAGAGGCGGGAACACCAAAGACAGGGCACUCUGCAAUGGGACUCUGGGAGACUCAGCCAAUUCUGAGCUGAAACAAGAUUUGAGCGUGUGUCAGAUCCUUCAUAAAAAAUAAAAAUGGAAUAAAAUAAUA